AUGAAACCCUCGGUUCGGUUUAAUACUCCUCCGUAUGACGAGGCACGUCUGAGUUUCAACGGAUCGCACCAGAAAUCUAAAGGUACAAAUGGUAAUCAUGGUCGAAACGAACACAACCCCAAAAAGCCAUUUUCAGGCAAACGUUUUUUCUUAUUGAUUGAUGACUAUAAAAAACAAAAUUUGGAAAACCUAAUUCGACGUCAAGGAGGAAAAAUUUCUCCCGCGCUCUCCGAAAAAACUACACAUCUUGUCACAACGCGAGAAAGAUAUAGUCAAAAUCCAGACGUGAUUAACGAACUGGCGAGAUUUAAUCACAUUCAUGUCGUUUCCGAAGAUUUCAUUCACGAUCCCACCGACAAUGAACACAUUCUACGCGAUGGCGAGUCACAAUCCUACGAUAGCAGGCGUGUCAACGGGAAAGAACCCAGGAGACAUCGUCUUCAUCAACACAAUAGUUGGGGACCAGGUUUGACGGCUGAUGGUUUUAACGGUAGAAGGAGACAACAAAGUGAUGAAAGCUAUAAUCUUGACUGGGAUGAUGACAGGUCAUCUAAUGAGUCGGAUGAUUCCGAAGACGGGAAACCUGAUACGUUUGUAAUUUGUGAUAAUGAUAAUGUCCCGGAAACUGAUUAUAACGAUGAACCGGAUAAUUCCGUGUCCGCCGGUGGAUUAUCGCAGGAAAUGCAAAAGGAGAGAAUGGAAUGGCAGAGUUUCUUGGCCUCGGUUCUUACCGGCGAGGUUAUUAAGUCGGAGAAACGUCGCUUGUCAGGUUCCGCACGACAGGCUUAUAACAUCAAUUUCAAUAUGUGGCUUGGGAUUCGUGCGGCGGUGCACGGCCGCCUUACACAAAACCCAACGGAAGAAAAAGCAAUAGUGGAAGAAAGACGACAACAGAUUGACAGCGUCUUGAAUGAGGUGGUACAGUUCGAGGUCAAACAUGGUGAUGUAUCCGCACUUGAUCAAGUCGCCGAACUGCUUCAGAAAGUGGAUGCUUGCGAGAGUUUGUAUCCUUCACGCAAGGCGAUGAUGGAGGAUAAACCCUUGUACAAAUCAGCUGAAUUUACAUAUAGCUUGGAUGCUUUGAACUCGUGGCUAACGGUAACACGUAGUCUACAAACUCAAUUAAAGAUUUUACAAAAUUGGACAGGUAGUGAAGAUUUAAUUAUAACUCGAUCUAAAGAUGCACCUGCUGACGCAGAGCCUUCUUUCCUUGAACGCAUAUUGAAGGAAAAUAGUUUGAAACAGACAUUUGAGAAAAGAACUUUAUCCACGUUAAAUUCACUUUUGCUUAAAGCAAAAAGUGUCAUGAAUGAGAAUGCUAUUGCGUUUGCAAAGAUGAAACUACCCCCCUAUAUUAGUGAAUUACAGCAGCUUUUAAAUUUUCCUACAAAGCUCAUGGAAGAAUGUAUGAAGCUUUUGUUGGAAUAUGCCAAUGUUCUGAAUGAUCCGACAAUAUUGAUGAUUCAACAGAUGAUGGAUGAUUUCCGAAUCUCGCUAUCUCUGGCAUGUCAAAUCAAACAUCAAUACUUGGAACUCAUAAAACCUGCUAAAGGGUGGGAGAUUCCUCCAUGCAUUGGCGAGAGUUACAAUACCGUGUUAUUAGAAUCUUUAAAGUUUUAUUUCAACUUGUUGCAAUUGAAAAUUAAACACAGUUAUAAAAACAAGACCGUUUUCUUUAAAGAGGCUGAGAUUUUGGAGAAUGAAUGGUCUUUCUUAAGUGGCAUUUGUCGCCAAAUAGCAGGUGGUGACUGCGAAGCUGCCGAAAAAUUUUGCGUCCUCACGAAUAUAUUACUUCAAAGUGUCAUCACAUACUUUGGAUCAGAGUUGGAAAACGUUCCCACGGAUACCGAUGGCUCCAAUUUAUCAAAAAUCUACAACCGGAUCCUGGAUAGUGUGCGAUUGAGAUCUCGAAAGCUGAUGCGGUCCCUUUUUAGCGAGCUUGAAAACUCUGCUGAAUACUUUAUUGAUGACACAAACUAUCCAGCGUUUAUUGAAGGGCUGGAACGUACCGAUCAUGUCCUGGUGUACUCGAAUACUUUUGAAGAGAAUGGCGUGUGUCUCAUAGUUGAACAAUCACUUUAUGACCAACAGGAUCAAAUACGAAAGCUGCUAAAGGCCGUUCUCACACCAUAUGAAAAAGAUAAAGAUGAUUUUGAUAAUGAAGUGCAGGGACUUCAAUAUGUUCUUUUGUUGUCACCAAGAGUACCCAUCGAAUGGAAUGGUCCCGUGAUGGAAAUGUCAAUGGACCAAAUAAACAUUGAUCUUAAGACGCACCGAACUAGGUUGGUCGCAGAUGGGUCUUCUUACUCAAGACUUCAUGAAUGUAAAAAACGGUUCCGCAAGGCGGUUGAGAACUGUGGGAUCAAGGUGUUAUUGGAGACACGUGCUAACGUCCCUAGUGUGAACCGGGAGAUCACCAAAAUUAAAAAGACUAUAUUUAAAUUCGUAAAUAAAAUAAUAGAUAGCGUCAACACAAUACGUGAAAGGACCAAGAACAUUGAAUGUCAGGAUUUAAUUGAAAAUUGCUUUAGCUUCGCCACCGAGUUGGGUCAACGAUCCCUGCGAUAUCUUCACCGAGAUGCGGUGAGAGCUCAGUUGAAUGUCAAAUUGACUCGGAUGUCAAUUGAUUGGGUUAGCUUUAUAUGCGAUGAUUGUGUCCCAUCUGACCGCAAGACUUUUCGGUGGGCUGUGAUAGCUUUAGAAUUUACCAUGGCAACUAAUCGUGGCAACAAUAUUCUAGGUCUGACAGAGAGCGAGUUCGCAAUGUUACGCAGCAAGGUCGGUAUGUGUAUGAGGCUAUUCAUAUCGCACGUGGACAUCAUGGGUGCGCGUUCGUCUCACGAAGCUCUGGAAAAAGAAAAACUCGAAGUAAGUGUCGGUCAAUAUGGACAACCGAUCAAUAGUGAAGAUUCCUCGGUCUUACGGGAUGAAUGGAUAGCAGCUGUAAACGAACUGGAGUCCAGACGUGCGCAAAAAGAACAGGAGCAGCGUCUCGUUGGUAAAGUGCUUGACGAUGAUCAGCCUGAAUACAAACCACUUGUUUUCCUAGCGUCCUCUAGUUCAAACAUUUCGCUUCGAUGGCAACAAGGAAAAUUUAUUGGGGGUGGUACUUUCGGUUCCGUGUAUUUGGCUGUUAAUUUAGACACUGGGGGUCUUAUGGCGGUUAAGGAAAUACGAUUUCAAGAUCCUUCUUCGCUUAGUACACUUUACAAAUCUGUUAAGGAAGAAAUGUCUGUGAUGGAAAUGCUUGAUCAUCCAAAUAUUGUCUCAUAUUACGGCAUUGAGGUCCACAGAGAUAAAGUCUAUAUAUUUAUGGAAUAUUGCCCGGGAGGUUCCUUGUCAUCCCAACUUGAACUUGGACGUAUCGAGGAUGAAAAUGUAAUACAAUAUUACGCCUUUCAAAUGUUGCAAGGGAUAAUUUAUCUACAUGAGAACAAUAUAGUUCACAGAGACAUUAAGCCGGACAAUAUAUUAUUGGACCAUCAGGGUGUUAUCAAAUUCGUAGAUUUUGGUGCCGCAAAGAUUCUCGCAAAGAAUCAGAAGACGAUGGGAAGAACUACAAUGGCUCCAAGAACCAAUGUUAAUAGCCUGACUGGUACACCAAUGUACAUGGCACCGGAAAUUAUUACUGGAAGCGAAAAAGGUCGAAAUGGGUCGAUGGACAUAUGGUCAUUAGGUUGUUGUGUGUUGGAAAUGGCAACAGGAAGGCGUCCCUGGUCUAACUUAGAUAACGAAUGGGCAGUGAUGUAUCAUGUAGUGACGGGUCACCCUCCACUACCUGAUCCUUCGCAAUUAUCAGAAUUAGGAAUGGACUUUUUAAAACAAUGCUUCGUCAGAUCGCCUCAGCAACGUCCCACUGCCAAAGAAUUACUCUCGCAUCCUUGGAUUUCAAACAUUCAAGAAUCCACUAUAGAGAAUUCGGAUUGGAAUGGCAGCGGUUUGCCAAGUAAUAGUGGUACCAGUACAAUGACUACUAAUACUGCCACAACUGACAAUGGCAGUACUCCAGCGACUCCUUUCAAUAAUUUCUCUAAUACUCAGUUGAAUUCAUCACUGAAAGUCAAUGGCUUGUCAUCUGUGGUUACCGCAUCUGCUGAGUGCGGAGAUAUUACAAGGGUUAGUUACAUAAAUGGAAAUAACGCUUCACAAGAUCUGGAUGCCACCACUCCUGGUAGUGUUUUGAGCGGUAGUUGGAGUCUUGUCGGUGGAACAAAUGAAUAA